CGCAACGCAUGGCCCACCAUCUCGGCAUGGAGCCGCGCUAACGCCGCGACAGGCCCGCCUGCUCAAAACUGCGGUCGUUGCUGGCCUCCUGCUUCUCUCAUUCUACUGUUUGGCCAGCCGCAGCAGCGAGGCCAGACCGACACUGUACAGCGGCGCGGGAUUGGAAGGCUUUGAGGAUGACGAGGAAGGCGGCACCUACGGCGCGCUGUGGCUGGCGGGUGCUGGCGGCAGCAGCCGGCGUCCACUCCACCCAAACGAGAUGUGUGGCUGGGAGACUGCGCUUGAGUCAGUGACGUAUGACAGGGCUGUGGAGAAGGACGGCUGGCCCACCCAUUACGAGCACAUGAUCAGCGAGAGCCGCCCCCUGCAGCAUGUGUUCUGCCCCGUCUGCGGCGCACGGGACCAGGUCAUCCACUUUCCAAACCAAAAUUUGAGAGAGGAGGGCAAAUGCUCCCUAUGCGGCAGCUUCAACCGCAUGCGGCAGGUUGCUGAGGCUGCGCUGCCAGAGGUGCAGCGCAUUUCGGGACGGCGGUUCAGCAGCUUGAGGGAGGUGGUGCAGUCAGAUCUGGCCAUCUACAACACACAGUGCGCCGGCGUGUUCCACAAAUUACUCCACGAGGCCCCUGGAUACGUGUGCAGCGAGUUCAUCAGCACUGAUGUCCCCGUUGGCAGCAUUGCGCAAGGUGUACGGCACGAGGACUUGCAGGGGACGUCUUUCGAAGACAACUCAUUUGACAUUGUAAUCAGCGGCGAGGUGCUUUCCCAUGUCCCCAGCCCUUACCAGGCGCACCAUGAGGUGCGCCGCAUCUUGAAGCCGGGCGGCUCGCACGUGUUCACUGUGCCCUUUGCGCCGACCGACCUGCACGACCAGGUGCGUGCGAGCGUGGAGGAAGGCCGGCUGGUCCACCACGUCGAGCCGCCCAUCUAUGCGGGCGACCCCCGGCACAAGCAUGGCGUGCUGCUGUACACCAUUUUUGGCAAGGAGAUGGUGGACAAGAUGUGCAUGCUGGGGUUUAACGAGCCCUCCAGUUACCACUGGGCUGUCGAAAAGAAUGGAUACCCCACCGAGUAUGAGCAGCUGGUCAGCAAGAAGCAGUACAUCGAGGGUGUUUCUUGCCCCGUGUGUGGCUCGCAGCAGCAGACGGUUCGCUUCAAGGGAACCAACUUUAGGGAGGAGGGCAAGUGUCCGACGUGCGGUAGCUUCAACCGCUUGCGGCAGAUUGCUGAGGCGGCACUGCCAGAGGUGCAGCGCAUGACCGGCCGGCAGUUUGGGAGCUUUAAGGAAUUGGCGCUGUCGGACUUGGCCAUCUACAACACGCAGUGUGCAGGUCCUCUGCACAAUGUGCUGCAGGCUGCACCGGGGUACGUCUGCAGGUCACCUGGGUUGUGCGCCGCCUUUGCGCCCGAGAAGCAGCAGAGCAGCAGCUGCUGCCGCUGCGAGUUCAUAAGCUCUGAGAUCCUGGCCGGCACUGUUGUUAGGUCAACAUUGCACGAGGAUCUGCAGCAUACAUCAUUUCCCUCCAGCACGUUUGAUUUGAUACUGAGUAGUGAGGUGUUUGACCACAUUCCUCGGCCAUACCAGGGGCAUCAUGAAGUGCGCCGCAUCUUGAAGCCCGGCGGCUCGCAUGUAUUUACCGUCCCCUUCUCGCCGGACGACCUGCACGACCAGGUUCGGGCCAGCGUAGAGGACGGUCGGCUGGUGCACCACGUGAAGCCGCCCAUCUAUGCGGGCGACCCGCUCCACCAAAAAGGGGACUUGAUAUUCACCAUUUUUGGCCAGGAGAUGGUGGACAAGAUGUGCUUGCUGGGGUUCAAUGUGACCGCACACCGCCUGCACAAUGGCGCGCACGGCAUCCUCGGAAACAAUGCAUGGGUGUUUGUGGCCACCAAGCCUGCAGAGCCUGGGUAG